GCGUGGGAAACCGAGAGAAAAGCACAAGAGAGAGUGAGGAGAGGACCGAGAACAAAUAAGCGCCAGUGAGAGAGAACAACAAGUGAAAGUGACCAUGUCCACCUCUAUGGCCGUCCCGGCGACCCCUCCUGUCCUCUCACCCGGCUCAGGAGCACCUUCCUCCUUGGGAAUAUUCCGCUCAGACCCGAUCUACACCGCCACAACCACCAGCCCUCAUCCAGACUCCCCCUCCCCGCGGCUCACCACCACCGGACUCAACCCCUUCCUAACCGGGUCAGGAGUCCCAUCUGGUGGCUUGGGAUUCGCCAACACACCGGUUUUUCGAGAUCGAGGAAUUUCCACCACUACAACUACAUCCAGUGAGUGCAGAAUGGUGGAUGUACACGGAGUAAAAGUCGCCUCUUUCAGCGUCGGAGGACAGGACGAAUUGAUUUGUCUACCCCAAGUUUUUGACCUCUUUCUAAAACAUCUCGUCGGCGGGCUUCAUACCGUUUACACCAAGCUGAAACGCCUGGAUAUUUGUCCGGUUGUGUGUACUGUGUCGCAGGUCCGGGUCCUGAGGGGUCUCGGUGCGAUCCAACCGGGAGUCAACCGCUGCAAGCUCAUCUCCAGGCGAGACUUCGAGGCGCUCUACACCGAUUGCACCAUUGCGAGCUCUCGUCCGGGCCGGCCUCCAAAGCACUCUGUUGGGGGUGGGAUUCAGGAAAGCUCCGGGCAUCUCCAUCCUGGGGUUCACGGCCUGCUGCCACCUGGCAUGCUCUCUCACAAAGUCAACUUCCUGGUGAAUGAAUCUAGGAGUUCAGUCAACUUCCUGGUGAAUGACUCUCGGGGUUCAGUCAACUUCCUGGUGAAUGAAUCUAGGAGUUCAGUCAACUUCUUAGUGAAUGACUCUCGGGGUUCAGUCAACUUCCUGGUGAAUGAAUCUAGGAGUUCAGUCAACUUCUUAGUGAAUGACUCUCGGGGUUCAGUCAACUUCCUGGUGAAUGACUCUCGGGGUUCAGUCAACUUCCUGUCAACUUCCUGGUGA